UGACAGCACGUUACUGGGUGGUGGUGGUGGUGUGUUGUUUUGCGAUGGUUAUGUUUUGAUUGUUAUUUCUGCUUUAUACGUUAUUGUUAUUGAUUUAUUAGAAGAUUUCGCAACCUGCGUUGACUCGAAUUAUUUAUUGCGUAGUUAAAUAUAGUCAGAAAUAUGAGCCAAGAUAAGGUGUCUUUGUUACGGGAUCCAGCCGUUGGGGUUUCCACGUCUUUGGAGGGUGCUAGAACAUACGAUUCAGUGGAACCUCAGCCAGCGCAAGAGCACAACAGUCAGAUUAACUCUGGCCCUCGAAGGCUUCCUCAAUAUGUGGCAACUGUAACAGCAACUCUGUCAGCACUGUCAGCUGGAGCUGUUCUUGGCUGGACUUCACCCAUCCAAAGCGACAUCGAGCAUGGCCAAUUCCACAAUAUUACGGUAAAUAGCGACCAGAUGGGCUGGAUUGGAUCCUUCGUAACGCUGGGGGGCAUGAUCAUGUGCGUCCCCACGGGUUUUCUCUGUGAUUUAAUAGGCCGCAAAAAAACACUCCUCCUCCUCAUAGUUCCUUUUGCAAUAGGUUGGUCCUUAAUUUUAUUUGCCAAGACUAUUGUAAUGUUGUAUUUGGGGCGUUUUUUCACUGGAAUGGCGGCGGGAGCGUCAUGCGUUGCCGCCCCUUUAUACACCAGUGAAAUCUCCCAAAAAGAAAUCCGGGGUACUGUAGGCAGCUACUUUCAAUUAAUGGUAACAAUAGGAAUUUUCCUGGCUUAUUUCUUUGGGAAGUUUUUAACACCUAUGAACUACACGAUUUUUUGCGCCUGUCUUCCCCUAGUAUUUUUAGUUACUUUUGCUUUUCAACCAGAAACCCCCGCUUAUUGUUUAAGUAAAGGCCUGUACGACGACGCUUUGAAAUCUUUAGUAAGGUUAAGAGGGACCAGUCAUAACAACGAAGCCGAACUAGCGGAAAUCGAAGGCGCGCUAAAAGAAAGCCUUGAAAACACAAUUUCGAUGUCACAAACUCUGCGAAAAAAGGCAAACUUGAUGGCUUUUCUCAUCGCUUUCGCGUUAAUGUUUUUCCAACAGUUUAGCGGAAUUAACGCCGUUAUUUUGUACACGAGCGACAUCUUCACGUCGGCUGGUGCCAACCUGGAUGCCAAAACAGCGGCAAUUAUAGUCGGAGCAUUCCAAGCUGUAGCCACUUUUGUAUCGUCUUUAGUUAUUGAUAAACUCGGCCGAAAAAUCCUACUUUUCGUGUCAUCUCUAGUCAUGGCACUGUCGAGUUUCAUUUUAGCUAUUUUUUUCACUUUGAAAAGUCGCUCGUCGAUAGAUGACGAUGUUUUAAACGAAAUCGGUUUCAUUCCUAUCGUGUCUUUGUGUGUUUUCGUUGUGGUGUUUUCGAUCGGUUUGGGUCCGAUUCCCUGGAUGAUCUCUUCAGAAAUUUUCACGCCGGAGAUUAAGAGCGUAGCGAGCUCAGCUGCGGGAACUUUUAACUGGUUUUUGGCGUUUCUGGUCACGAAGUUCUACCUCCAGGUGAACGAAGCCGUAGGGGAGGAUUCUACGUUUUACGCGUUUUCGGUGAUGUCGUUGUUCAGCGGGUUGUUCGUUUAUUGGGUGGUCCCUGAAACGAAGGGGAAAACUGUCGAACAAGUCCAGGAGGAACUCGAGCGUUAGGAUCUUAUUCACUGAUCUGUAUGUUGUUUCACAAUAUACCCACGUUUGUCAGUGUUUAGAUUAGUAAUACAGACGUAUUUAGUACUUAAGUGGCCCUAAAAACUUUUUUUGUAUACGAGAAGUGCAAUGAAGCUGGGUCGGAUGUGCGCGAAACUCGCGUUUUUGUGCACUGCGCAACUCGUAAUAAAGUCUUUAAAAAAAUUCUAUUGAUUGUAUGAAAAACGGAACGGAGUUUUGCUGACGUCCGAACCGAGCUUUCCAACAAUGAAAGUCUGACUAAAUUACUCUAAGCCAGGGUAUCGUUAGCAUUUUUGUGAUUUGUAUGUGUUAAGGAAAUCAAAGUAUUUUUGGACCGUCGUUAAAUAAUUUUAUUAAGUCGAGUUGAAGUGUUUUGAAGCCGGGAUCGAAGUACCUUAAAUAUGUUAUUAAUAUGCAUUUAAGACAGUUUGUUUUUGUUGACGUAUUUUUAUUAAGUCCGCUUGACUGCUGCUGUCAAAAUAAAAAAUACUUUUUUUUUUUUUUAAUUAAUAAAAUAUUACGUAGAACUGCCAACAAUGGUGGAAUGGUUUGACAAUAGAGAAAAAAAUAAAAUCUAGGGAAAUAAA